AUGAGUCCAGUAGAGCCGCCGCGGCCGGCUGAUGGGAAGACCUUGAGUCUGUUCUGUCCCUCUGGAUUUGGACUGAAGAUAGGAUCAGUACAUCCUUUCCAAGGGCUGUUUCGACCAUUUGUGGGGCAGCCCUGUCAGUCCUGUAAUCCAAACAGUUUGAUGAACUUCUUCUAUAAGAGACACGCAGAGAUGAAAUUUCGCAACGCCUUGCAUAUAACAGAGGAGGACACUCGGUAUCGUGGCUGGUUAGUCCGGAGAUUAUGUCAUGUCCUGUUUGUAUGGGAAAGGCCAGCAGGUCAAGACCUCUCUGUAGAAUGGUCAGAGAAGAUAUGGAAACAUCCCAGAAUUCAAUCAGCUAUAGAGAAAGAAAAAGACGAUAAUGAUAAACCUACUGUUUCUGCAAGUAGUGAAAGCCGUAAGGAGGUGCUGAGGCAUUUGGAACACAUUCAGAAGCCUCUGUCUCCGAGGUUGAUAAGAAUAACAUGGUGGAUACUUGUGAAGUUACUUAAUCGGUUAUAUUUGAAUCUUCAGAUCCAGUGUGGACAGCUGGCCACACUGAAAGAAGUAUCUGAUGCGCAUCCAAGAACACCACUUGUCUUGCUGUCCACUCAUCCAUCAUGGCUGGAUUUCUUUGUUGUACCUUUCAUCUUAUUCUCCCAAAAUCUCCGAUUGCCCCGUGUUGUCUGGGACAGGACAGACUGUUCACCAUUGAUCAGGUGGUUCCUGCAGAAAUUUGGCGUUGUCUUUAUUCCACCAAAUGGAUCCUCCAAACAUCUCGAGGAAGCUGUUCUUUCUGUGUAUAUUGAGACACUGCUCACAGAAGGGCAACAUGUGCUGGUGUUUUUGGAGUCCACCUCCUCUCCAAAUUGUCGCAAAGUGUCUCCUGUAGCUCACGAAUGGGUUCUGCAGAUGAUAUCAGCUGUGCGGUCUGGAGUCGUUUCAGACAUCCUUAUUGCACCUGUGGGUAUAUCCUAUGACACGUGUCCAGAAUCUUCUGGCUCCGGUAGAGAGCUGGCAUCUUUUCUGGGAUUGUUGCGAUUCCUCACGUCUGCGUUUUGUCCCUGGUCCAGCUCUCUGGGUUGUGCACGUGUGGAUUUUGCUCAGCCGCUUUCACUAGAGGAGUACAUCAUCAACUAUACCCUGAGACAUUCUGCUCUGGUCCCCUGCCUAAAGAAGACUCUGCUGCCGCAAAUUCUGGAUACAAGGAAUAGCAUGUUUGAUGAGAUGGCACUGGAAAGUAAUCUGGGAGCACCUGAUGAACAAGAGGAAGCCUUAGUUGAUGGAUUCCUGCUGCAUUCAUUGAGAGCUGCCGUAUCUUGUACAGCGGUAAUGUCUUCCCACAUUGUUUCAGCGCUUCUUCUCCAUAAAUAUAAAGAGGGUGUCUCCCUGUCAAGACUUCUUUGUGAAUUCCCUGAGAUGAUAAGAGAUAUUCUACAUCAUGGUUUUGAUGUUGGUUUUACCGGUCAGCGAUGGGAUAUUCUCCGUCACAGUUUAUACCUUCUCCGCCACAGCAUUGUGCUGUAUUCUGUCCCCUCGGAUGACGUAUUUGUUCUUCAUAGAGAAUCGCCGGAUAGUCUAAGAGCACUAGCCGUAAAGAGCUCUUCCCUGCUGCCCAUCUUCUUGUAUGAAGCUGUAGGAGCUUGCGUCAUUCGCGCCCUCCUGGCUCAGAUACCCAGCCUGUGUUUGGUGGAGAUGGUGGAGGUUUUAUUUGCCGAGGAUGAGAUUAUCAAUUUGAUAAUGUGCCUCUGCUCCUUGCUGCAUAGAGAUAUAUUGCUCCAGCCGCCGUGUCAGAGUGUCCAUCUGCUGUGCCAUGAUAUCUUGGAGAAGCUAGUUUAUUGUGGUCUUCUCUCUAUGUAUGAGGAUCCAAGCGCACCUCAAGCCUGUGACACAAGGAGAACGUGUUUCGCGGACCAACUAAUGUGGAAAGACUUGGAUGACCUGUCAGACAGUGACAGCAUAGGAGAAAAGAUCAAACGCCACUAUAAGCUGUGCCGAUCCCCUCACCUCGCAGAUGUCUUUGUCUUCCUUUGUGACCUCUUGAACCCAGUGCUGAAGACAUAUGAGAGGGCAGCGUUAUUCCUGCAGGAACGUGGGAUGUGUGGAGAUGAGCUCGAGACGGACUAUGUUACCCGGCUGCACCAGUAUCUGCUGCAGAAGGCCGAUGAGGACUGCUCUUACGAGUGUGCGGAGCGUUCCCUGGCUGCCUGCGCUGUCAGAACAUUCAUAGAUCUCGGACUGCAGCUCUUGGCAUACACGCAGUUGGCACCGUGGGACCAGUCUGUCUUUCUGCUGUUUGCUAGCUAG